GUCUGUCUGAGCUCUUCCUCUUUCUUUGCUGCUACCAGGCAGAUAAGUACUCUCCAGCUCUGUGGCAUUGCUCAGGGUCUGGUAUAUUUGUAUUUUUAUGUGCUUGGAUUAUCGGUUCGUUCGGUUUCUUUAUUAGAUUCUGAUUAGACUCUUAUCGUAGAUACAUAUUUCUCUCCUGUAUAUAUAUAUAUUUAUUUAUCUAGGGUACGUAUAUAUAUGUAUAUGUUUUUUCGUUCAGGUACUUCUGUGGCCGUUCUGCCUAGGGGUUUGUCCUUAUAACAGUUUUUGCGGCUUCCCCGCUUUCCCCCCGUGUGAUCCGUUUCUCUGCCCUGUCAUCCUUGUCCCUCGUUACCUCAGACUGCGCCGCCAUUGCGCGCGCUUUCUGCUUCUUCUUCCUCUCCUUCUCGCCCGAAGUCUCGCGAGUUCGAGAUUUCGCGCGCGUUUUUUCGCAUAUUUUCGCAUAUUUUCGCAUAUUUUCGCAUUUUCGCAUUUUUUUCGCAUUCGGCUGCUACUGACGGCGAGAUCUCGCGAGAUUUCGCCGUCCCUGUGCGUUUCCCCGCUCUGCACACACCGGACAUCCCGCUCUGCACAGCGCAUCUCCUGGCGGUCUUUUUCCACUGCUCUUGAGCCUUGUAAGUUCUGUUUUAUUCCAUUUCGUCUACCCACUAGCUGGCUAUGAUUCCUGGCUUCAUUAUCCCCUUUUCUCUUUUUCUCCUCUAGUGCUAUUUUUGCUGCUCCGGUCGGGGUGACUAACCCCUGCCUUUUGCUACUUCACCAUGUCUGUCAGAAAGAAUUCCGUUGCCUCUGUGGCCCCUAGUGAAGCCCCCCAAGUAGAUCAGGGUUCCCCUGCGCAGGAUAGGAGGUCCGAGGUGAUCCACCCGGACGACCAUGAGGUGGCACUGCAAAGAUCCAUAUCUAAUGCCAUUAUAACCGCCAUGGGUUCGAUGUCAUCUGCAUUGACCCAGUCUAUAUCUCAGGCCCUUAUGGCGCGCCCUGCUACUACUACCCAGUUUUUGGUCCCACCUCCAGGACCACCUCCUAUUGUCUCCAGAACACCUCAGAUUGAUGGGCCAUCCCCAUCCCAAGACAACGCGCUUCAGUCGCGUAAACGAGCUUGUACCCGCCAGGCAGAAAAAACGCGGGCAUGGAAGACUGCCAGGUCUCUACCUGAGCCUAGGUCAGACUCUGAUAGGGAGUCAGAGGAGGAGACUCAUGACAACGUCUAUGAAUUGACGGAUGAGGUGGAGGACGAUUUGGCGGAUAUUGCUGUGGAUCCGGUUCGUAAUCUAGACCCGGAAGCCCCGUUACUACAACAGGGAUCAGCAGAGGAUCUCUUAUUGGAUCCGUCUGGGGAACCGCUGUUUAACCCCGAGGAGCUGCAUCAUCCCCGCUCCGCGGAAUGGAUGCCCGCCACACAUGUGGCGCAGUAUAUGGAGGCUCGCAUACGCAAUCCGCUUAGUAAGGAAUCGCGUAAUAAGUUGCGGGCGGAGUGCCCUCGUCCUUUAAUACCACACAAAGUGUGCGAGACGCCAUCAGUGGAUCCAAAGAUGGUCCAGUUUCUGGCGAAGACGGGGUUUAACCCCCGUAAAGGGCUAGACGCGGCCUUGAAGGCUGUCCAAGACAAGCUACUGGACAUUACAGGUCCUUUAGCAAAGAUUUUCGAUUUGGCUGAGUCCGCUAUCGCGGCAGGUAGCCAGGUAGACCCUAUAGAAUUGAGAGGUUGGGCCCAGCGAGCCAUAUGCGUAGCGGGUAAUACCAAUACCUCGCUCGCCAUUGAAAGGCGGAAGGCAAUACUAAUUAAGAUCGAGCCAAAGCUCUCGAACUUAGCAUUGACUGAAGCGGGCAAGGACGCCCAGGGGUUGCUCUUUGGCGACUCUUUUAUUAAAGAGCUAGGGAAAUAUGUAGGAGCUUUUACGGCUCUUGAUAAAGCCCAGACUUCGAUGCGUCGAGUCUUUCAAGGGCGUUUUUCCAACAGGGCCGGCAGUGCUAGGGGCCGACUGUCCGGCCGUUCCAACUUUCAUGCCAGAGGUUCCGGCAGAGGCUCCUUUAAUUAUAGAGCAUCCCUCCAGGAUCAGAGACAUCAGCCGUCCUUUUUUCCCUCACGAGGCGCUCCCUUCAGGUCACGAGGUUUCCGAGGGAAUCCAGGCUCCCGUCGACCAUUCGGUAAGUUAUGUUCUUCGUCCCCCUCCUUUUUUAGACCAUUUAGUCGGGGGCAGACUCCGAUUCUUUUCUCAUGUGUGGUCAGGCAUAACCUCAGACCAAUGGGUCCUUUCUACUGUGCAGGGGUUCACAAUAGAUCUGAUUGCCGAUCCGAGCUCCAUCCCAGCCCCCCCUACGGUACCACUGUCCUAUGCGGCACGGUCCCAAUUUCAGAGGGAAUUGUCGGAUCUUCUGCAGAAAGGCGCGAUCGAACGCGCACCGGAGAAUCGUGGGGGUGUCAUCAGCAGUAUUUUCCUGGUGCAAAAGAACAAUUUUGUACAAUACCGACAUUUCAAGAUGGAGGGCAUCCAUCUUUUGAGGGAUCUGCUCCUUCCAGGCGAUUGGUUGGCCAAGAUAGAUCUCCAAGACGCCUAUCUCACGGUCCCAGUGUCCCCCUCUUCAAGAGACCUGCUGCGGUUCCUGUGGAACGGUCAGGCCUGGCGCUUCACCUGCCUUCCGUUCGGCCUGUCCUCCGCCCCCUGGUGCUUUACCAAGAUCAUGCGCCCAGUGGUGGCUUGGCUUUGCAGCAGAGGUGUUCGUCUGAUCGUCUACCUGGACGAUAUCUUGAUCAUGGCCCAAUCACGGGCUCUCUUGUUGAGACACCUCCACUUGACGGUGACGCUCGUUUCCGACUUGGGGUUCAUUGUCAACCAGGAGAAAUCCUGUUUGACCCCCUCCAGAUCCAUAGAGUUCUUGGGUUUCCAGGUGAACUCGGAAGAAUUAUCCCUCAGUCUUCCACUCUCGAAAGUCAAGGCUAUCCGCAAGGAGUUGAAGCAUGCUCUACGCCUACCUCAGAUGUCGUUGCGGCAUUUGGCAAGGAUAAUCGGACUUCUGGCCUCCUCAAUACAGGCCAUUUUCCCAGCCCCCCUCCAUUAUCGUGCGUUGCAGCGCCUCAAAAUUGCUCACCUUCGGUCGGGGGCCUCUUACGCAGAUUUGGUCUCAUUAGAUGCCGAGACGACGGACGAGAUGAGAUGGUGGAUCCACAACCUGUCAGUGUGGAAUGGCAGAGCGAUCGUGGGUCCCCAACCGGAUCUGAUCAUAGAAUCCGAUGCGAGCCUGCACGGAUGGGGAGCACAUUGCAGUGGUGUGUCCACGGGCGGUCCAUGGUCUCCAGAAGAAUCCCAUCUUCACAUCAACGCCCUGGAACUCCUAGCAGGGUCGUUUGCCAUUCGCAGUUUUGCCAAUGGUGUGGUCAGCUCAGCCAUCAGGCUCCGCAUGGACAAUAUAUCUGCGGUCAGGUACGUCAAUUGUAUGGGUGGCACACGGUCGGUGGUUCUGACCCAUUUGGCGAAGGAUUUUUGGGAAUUCUGUCUCGACAGGAACAUCUCUGUGGUGGCCGAGUACCUUCCAGGCCUUCACAACACUCUGGCGGACUGGAGUUCUCGCUACAUAUCGGACUCCAGCGACUGGAAGUUAGACGAGACGGUUUUUUCUGCUAUUUCUUCUCUGUGGGGUCCCUUUGCAGUCGACCUCUUCGCUUCCCGUUUGAAUACCCAACUGCCCAGGUUUUUCAGCUGGAGGCCGGAUCCCUUGGCGGAGGCAGUGGACGCUCUGCUUCAACAUUGGGGAGGAGCGUUGAUGUACGCAUUCCCUCCCUUCGCGCUCAUUCCACGAGUGCUCCUUCAGGUUCGUCAGCAGUUGGCGAACCUGGUUCUGAUUGUUCCGUUUUGGAGGACCCAGUCCUGGUUCCCUCAGAUCCUGGAACUUCUAGUGGACUUUCCGUUUCUCCUUCCCACUCAGGUGUCACUACUCCAAGGGCCUGCAGGAGAAGUUCACCCACUCCUGCAGAACGGGUCGCUACGCCUCCUAGCUUGCAAGAUAUCGGGAGUCCAGGAGGAGGCGCUGGACUUUCAGGAACAGCUAGGUUCUUAUUGGACUGCGCUUGGGCGCCCGGGACGAGACGGGCUUAUCGAGCCGCCUGGGGUUCUUGGUCUCGCUGGUGCGUCGACCGGACUCUGGAUCCCGUUACGGCCCCUGUCAAUUCCAUCUUAGCCUUUUUAUCCUCACUUUUUGAGGCAGGGAAGGCUUACCGCACCAUCAAUGUCUUUAGGUCAGCAAUUUCCUCCAGACACAACGGUGUCGACGGCCGUCCAGCGGGUCAACACCCCCUGGUCUGUCGUUUACUCAAGGGUUCACGUUUGGCCCGACCACCUCGGCCACGGUUUUCGUCUACCUGGGAUGUGUCGGAUGUCUUGCAAUUUCUAGUCAGUUGGCCCUCAAAUGAGCUAUUGUCGUUACGUCAGUUAUCGGCCAAAUUGGUCACUUUAUUCUGUUUAAUCUCCUGUAAGAGAGUUUCGGAUGUGCGUGCUUUGGAUUGGGACGCCAGAUCCUUCACCCCGGAGGGGGUCCACUUUAACAUUUCCCGUCGCAUGAAAACCAGUAUCCGGUCGGUCUCUUACCCCCGUUUUCCGACUUCUCCACAGCUAUGUCCUGUAGCGUGCUUACGCGAGUAUGAGGACAGAACCCGUCCACUGCGGUCUCUUUCUCUCCCCCACUUAUUCAUUUCGUUUCGCAGCCCGUUUGCUCCGGUUACCAGUGUUACGUUAUCUCGCUGGGUCAAGUGGAUUCUAUCCCUUUCCGGGAUUGAUACGUCUAUCUUCACGGCACAUUCGGUCCGCAGUGCGACAGCUACGUCCAUGACGUUAUCUGGGGCUCGUUUGGAGGAUGUUAUGAGAUUGGCGGAUUGGUCCAGAUCUUCCACUUUCCGGGAGUUUUAUUUCCGACCGGCUUCGCAUGCUUUUGAUUCUAUAGUGGCUCAGCUUUAAACAAGCAAUAGGAGCCUCCGUGUCUUGUUAUAAAAUUAUGGGAUUUUACUAAAGUAUGACGUAAAGUCAUGAUUUUAUUAAAGACACGGAGGCGAGUAUUGCCCUCCCUGGACCCACCCCUUGGGGUUUUUGACGUAAGUAUGUUUUGUUGAUUUACCGUAUGGUCAGAAUUUUAAAGUUGUUACUGUGUUUCCAACUAGUGGAUCCUAUGUUUCUAUGCACUGGAUUAUGCUCUUAGAAGGUUUUUCUCUUAUUUCCUUUUUUCCUAGGUUGAGAGGCUUACGGCUUCAUGUUUUAGAGUUACACAGUUCCGGUCGGAGGUCCAGUUGUGGCGGUCCAAGCCGACGAGUUCAAGGGGUUUUUUCGUUACCCGGUGGUUUCGGCGUCUGUUGUUCCGGUUGACCAGCGCUGUUUGAGACACAAAGAAAGAGGAAGAGCUCAGACAGACAAGGAAGGAUAUACUGGGAUAAGGGGGAGGAGUCUGUUACCAUGGUUUCUUUUUUGUAUACCAUUUUCUCUCUUUGCUGCUAUGGUAGAAGUAAA